AACAGCGUGGUGUUUUUAAAUCUCCGUAUACUACUUGUUAACUUAGCGGCAGGAAGGAGCUACACGUAUUGUCCCGCAAAAACGGAGCCGGAUGUUUGAAUAGUCAACGAUUACCAUGGCGUGUUUAGACGAACCAACCGUUAAUGUGAAGUUACCGUUACCUCAGCGGUAGCAUUCACCUAACUAAAACCCAAUGCAGCUACCACGAAUGAUUUCAGACUGCUUCAUUAACGCUGAUGUCCGGGUGCUGGGGAGGCCAAUCCAUAACUGAUAGUGCUGCAAUGUGUGUUUUUCUAUCCAGCGCUGGGUACAGAUUUUUCUGUGAUUAUAUGCAGAGGAACCACUGAAAGCUGAUCUCCAGACCUCCCUGCAGCUUCAGGGGAGCUUGUCAGAUGUGUACCCAGCACUCAAAGCCCCUGGCUUGGCCGCGGGGAUGGCAGCCUCUGCCCUGAACCUAAACGGAGUCAUGAACAGUGGUAAUCAGUUUCACACCCAGCCAGGCUCCUCUAGUGCCAGCUCUCGAGCCCGAAUCACACCAGCUGCCCGACCUGUGCUGCCAGUUCCAGAUCGGAGCACCUACUGCCAGUUACUGGGAGGAGGUCUCUACAGCCCAACGAGUCCACAGACAAGCCCUCGUGGCUUGGGUCAAACCUUUAUCUUCCCUUCUUCACCCUUGCGCUCGCCUAGCCCCACACCUCGCGCUCGCUCCCCCUCGCCGCGAAGCCCGGAGCUCCUAGGAGUCAAUGUGGGCCAGCGAGUCCGACGCCUGAGCUCGCCUGGCGGUGAAGAGAGAGGGGACGAAGACGGCCACGAGGAGAGGGGACGAGAGACGGGAGGAGGAGAGAAGCGAGAGGAGAGGAGACGCCAAGCGCAGCUGCUGCAGAUUCACAGAGAGCUGCAGAACGUUGAGGUGAGGGGAAAAGUUGGCAUUUUUGAGGCCCACAUUUCCGGGAUCCGUGCCCAGGUACUUAAUAGUGAGCUCCAGCGCAGCCCUCGGUCUCCCAGACGAGUGACUCAACAAACUCCUUCUGAUCCUGGCAAAGGAAACACAGCUCUGGAUCACCUAAUGACUCACCCACAAGAAAUUAAAGCCCCCUCUGUUGUCCAAAAUGGGAGAGAAAGGGAUGAAGAAACAAAGGAAGGAGAAAGAAGCGAAGGAGGAAAGAGUGAUGGUGAGAGGGACAGCAGCAGCACUAAAUCAAAUACAGACAACAAGACACUGAUUAAACAAAAUGACUGCCUUUCAGAAACAUUAAAGCAAACUCCCUGUUUAGAUGGACUGUUUGAUAAAGGUUUUCUUGAGACAUUUGAUAAAGAUCGAAUGACAGACACAGAGAAAAAAGAGGGACAAGUACUGAGGGACAUGGAAACAGAGAGCAAGCAACUGUUCGGAGAUGAAAGAGAUCUGAUGGAUCAGAAAGAGGACCUGUUGUGUACUAAAAUGCUGCUCCAGCCAGAAGGACACACGUUGGAGGUUAAUCCUGAAAUGUCCCAGGCACAAAGCAGCGAGAGCACCCCUUGUUUGCUCGACAUGACCGAGCACACCUCAAACCACUCUUCCAUCCCUGCCGUCAUAGUAACUGACCACGGUUUGGAAAACCAGCCUCAAACUUCUGAAGGCUCCUGCUCAGACCAGGGGCGAAGCUGCUCGCCUAGCCCCAGUUCUAGCCCCGUGCCAAACUCCACUCGUUCUCUCAGGAAGCUGUCAUCGUCCUCUGCCUCCUCAGCCGGUUUCUCCUCUUCGUGGGAGGAGUCGGAGGAGGAUAUUUCCAGUGAUACGGAGAAAGGAGAACAGCUUCUCAACCCUGCAUUCCUCAGUUCUCAGCAGAAAGCACACAAGUCUUGGAAGAAGAUUAAAAACAUGGUCCACUGGUCGCCAUUUGUCAUGUCCUUCAAGAAGAAAUAUCCAUGGAUCCAACUGGCAGGGCAUGCAGGGAGUUUCAAGGCGGGAGCAAAUGGACGGAUAUUAAAAAAACACUGUGAAUGUGAGCAGCGCUGCUUGUCCCUCCUGAUGAAGGACGUGCUUCGCCCCUACGUCCCUGGUUACCAUGGAGACGUAGAGAAAGACGGCCAGAAAUACAACCAGAUGGAAGAUCUGCUGGCUGAGUUUGACUACCCAUGUGUGAUGGACUGUAAGAUGGGAGUAAGGACCUACCUUGAGGAAGAGCUGACCAAGGCUCGCAAGAAACCCUCUCCAAGACCUGACAUGUAUCAGAAAAUGAUUGAAGUUGAUCCUGCUGCACCUACAAUUGAGGAAAAUGACAAGAAGGCAGUGACCAAACCCAGAUACAUGCAGUGGAGAGAGACUAUUAGCUCAACAGCAACCCUGGGAUUUAGGAUAGAGGGGGUCAAGAAGGAGGACGGGACGGUGAACAGAGAUUUUAAGAAGACAAAGACGAGAGAACAAGUUACGGCGGCCUUCCACGACUUUGUAAAAGGAAACAAGGAUAUACUGAAUAUUUAUCUGUCCCGGCUGCAGGAAAUAAGAGCCACUCUGGAGAUCUCCCCAUUCUUCAAAACUCAUGAGGUCAUCGGCAGUUCCUUGUUGUUCGUUCAUGACCGUAACGGACGGGCCAAAGUCUGGAUGAUUGACUUUGGGAAAACCACACCUCUCCCCGAGGGGAAGGAACUGACCCACCGAGCUUCCUGGGUGGAGGGGAACAGAGAAGACGGCUACCUUUUUGGACUCGAUAGUUUGCUGGAUAUCAUUUCAUCCAUGGUGAACUCAUAAAGCUUGGGAGAUUUCCUUUAAUCAAGAUGGGACACACAACCACUUCAACUCAUUCGUCAGUCCUCGGGGGAACACUUCUGGGGACCUCCUCAAGAACUCUUUCACAGACACUUGUUCUCAUGUUGGAAACACAAUUAUUAAAAAACCAAAACAUGGCCGGAUCCAUACAUAACCUUCAGAACGUCAAAAGUUUAGUCUUCUAUUUUGUUGUCCUCGCCUUCUUAAGAGGUCUUAAUAGUGCAUUUGACAGAAAAAGCACAAGUGGAACUCAUGACAUUAACAACGUCUCAGUUCCUCAUAAACCAGAAAACACGGUAUCAUUAAUGUUCUCUGUUACACCUGAGGUUUUCUGCUAAACGUUACUAUGUAAAAGAUUGAAUUUUAUAUUUACAAAGGCCCCUAAAACAUUUUUUAACUAAAUGAAUUCUCAGUUUUUAAAGAAUUGUGGAUCUAUCUAUCAAUUUAAUUUUUUUAGAGGUGAUUUUCCAUAUCU